AUGAAAAAGAGGCAGGCAGAGGUUGAGGGUGUUGCUCAUGCACUCAAGUUCGAAGGACUGAGGCUGUCUUAUAUCACCGAGACUGAAACUGCUACUCAAAAAGUUACCGAGACAGAGACGGCAACUGUUGUUCAGACUGUUCAGGGCGAAGCUGAAGCUGCUGCUGGUGAGGUUGUCACCGUUACCAUCAACGCACCUCCAGUUACUGUCACCGAAACCAAGACUGAAGUCGUCAACGAAGUCCAAACUCAAUUUGUCACUCAGGUUCAGGUUAUGACUCAAUAUGUUACCCAGGUCGCAGCAGCUCCUCCUCCUGUCGUUGAAACCGUUACUCAGGCUCAACUCGUUACAGUGAUCGUUCCAGGAGAAGCCCCAGCGCCUGUUACCGUGAUUCACACCGUGCAAGCCCCCGCUGAGUCUGAUGAUGCUCUUGGGAAGUUUAACCCUGGUGUCACUACGAUCCCCAUUCCCGAGAGCCUUUUGCCCAAGACGACACUCGCAUCUGACCCCUUUGCUGUGGUCGGGCCAAUUAGAUCGGAAACUAUUGUUCCUCAGCAGCCUUCCAGCAUUGCCAACCCUGUUGAGAAUCCUGCCCCGACGGCGGUUGCUCCUCAAGAGCCCAGUUCUGUCGAGCAACCAGCCACGACUCAAGUUGCGCCAGUAGAACCCAGCUCUAUCAAGCAGCCUGCGACGACGCAGCCCGUAGUUUCCGAGCAACCUACUACUACUUCUGCUGCGCAAGGGGCUACUACGGAGUCCACCGCUUCUCAGCAGCCUGCCAGUUCCAUUGAAGAACCCAUGGUUAAAGCUUCUUCCACACAAGGAGGGCAACAGACAUAUGCGCCUUCAAUGGAACUCGGCAACAUGGGCCCCGACACCACAGGGAGACUCGCACAGCCCGCUCUCGACGGAACCAAGCCCACCACUACUGCCAACGCCGAGUCAGCUUCCAGGACACGAGUCCCCAUCGAUCUGUCCGACCCUUCAAAGCUCAGCAGCGUGCUCAACCUGGGCAACUUGGUUGGAGGAAACGGUGCUCUCAAGGCUCGCGCCACUGGCAAGCCUUGA